GUGCGUGGUGACGAUAUAUACGGUUUCCCCUUUCUCCUCGUUUCGUGCGGGUCCGAACUCCGGACCCUAACCCCACUCGUCCUCGACUCCGCAAUCAACGCCGGCGGCAGCUCUCUCACACUCUUUCUCCCUCCUCCUCUCGUUUCAUUCCGGUCUGAACCGCGGUUGGCCCACUCUCGCAAGGAGGAAGGCAAGAUCGGGGAGGAGGAGGUGGUGGCGAUAUCUAGGGCUAGCGCUCCUUUUAAGUAAUAACUAACAAGGGUCAGAGCUAAGAUGGUGAGAUGUAUGAAGGUUUUUCCUCUGGCCGCUAACUGAACCGCCUUUUUAUGUAACCCAGCAUGAAGAUGUUGCCUCUUUACUUUUGUUUUCGAAGUUAGCUCAUGCUCAGUGCAGUGAAUUGAGUGACAUGGAACUGCAAACAAGAGAGUGAAAACUGACCCAUCUUGUACACUGUUGAUAUACUACCAGAGAGGAUAUUAUACUUUGUCACUAUAAACUCAUUUCAAAUAUGUUACAAGAUUUAUAUUAAGGAAGUUAACAUGGUGGAGAAUGAUGUUUCUGCUGAUCUGUUGUUUUCUGAAUUAAUUGACAUGGGGUUUGACUUUGACAAAGUUAUAGAAGCUAUUGAAGCUGUAGGUCCGUGCCGCGAUGAUGCUCUGGAGUUUAUAUUAAAUGGUUCUUGUGAUAGCAAUAAGGAUCAAAAUUGGCAGGUUUCUGAUCAAUUUACUUGUUCAACCAGUCAAGCUUACCCAUUGGGCAAAAGUCUCACUUCUACUCAACCGCAUCAGAGAUUGAAACAGUCAAGUAUAAAAGAACAUCUUCCAAAGUAUAGUGGGACUAGACGGAACAUUUCUUAUGGUGAUUCUGGUAAUUCAUUAUCUCAAACAAAGAGAUUAAGGUCUGCCAACUUAUGUGGCCAAAAAGUCAUUGAUAUUGAUCCUGGAUUGGAGAGUGGCACUUCACAACUUUGCAGCUUUGAAAGCCGAGAAGCUGAAAUGGACUGGGAUAAAGAAGUUGGUAGUGUUUUGCAAAAUCAUUUUGGAUUUUCAUCUUUGAAAGGUUUCCAGAAGGAAGCUUUGGAUGCUUGGUUCGCUCAUAAGGAUUGUCUUGUUCUUGCAGCAACGGGGUCUGGAAAAUCUCUUUGCUUUCAGAUACCAGCAUUAUUGACACAAAAACUUGUGGUUGUGAUUUCGCCCUUGAUAAGUUUGAUGCAUGAUCAAUGUUUGAAAUUAGCAAAACAUGGAAUAUCAGCAUGCUUCCUUGGGUCAGGACAACCUGACAGUGGUGUGGAGCGCAAGGCAAUGAAUGGCAAGUAUAAGAUAGUUUAUGCUUGUCCCGAGACCAUUUUGAGGCUUAUGGAUCCGCUUAAAAGGCUUGCAGAAAAUCCUGGGAUUGCAUUGUUUGCCAUUGACGAAGUUCAUUGUGUUUCUAAGUGGGGCCAUGAUUUUCGGCCUGACUAUAGACAUUUGUUCGUAUUGAGAGAGAACUUCAAUACCUCCAAUUUGAAGUUCUUAAAGUUUGAUGUACCAUUAAUGGCGUUGACUGCUACUGCAACAAUUCCUGUUCAAGAAGAUGUUAUCAAAUCCUUGCACAUGUCCAAAGAAACAAACAUUGUAUCGACUUCCCUUCUCCGGCCAAAUCUUCGAUUUACAGUAACACAUAGCAGAACCACUUCGAUCUCAUCAUAUGAAAAGGAUUUUCGUGAACUGAUAGAAACAUACACUGCAGGAAGGGUACCUUGUCAAAGAGGUCUGAACAAUAACAAUCAUGGGGAAAAUUUUGAUUACUCUUUUGAGUCUACAGAUGAUUGCCUAUCUAAUGAUGAAGAAUCUUGUGAAUCUGAUGAUGAAGAAUCUUGUGAAUCUAGUGACGAAGAACCUGAAUCUAGUGAUGAAGAAUCUAAACUAUGUGAUUCAAAAUUAUUUGAUGUCAGUGACAUUGACGAGAACAGUGACAAUACAUAUUCAGUUAAUGGUGGUUCUGCUGUUUUUCCAGAGGAUUACCUGGAAGAUGUGCUAGACUUUCAGCAUGCAAUAGAUGAUUUAGAUGUUUUAUGUGGAGAGUUUGUCGAACUUCCUCCAGCUGAGAGUUCACGGCUUUGUGGGGAAUCUAAGCCAUCUGGUUUGCCCUAUUCUUUAGAGCAAGGUCCUACAAUUAUAUAUGUGCCUACCAGAAGAGAAACCUUGGCAGUAGCCGAGUAUCUAUGCAGAUCAGGUGUGAGAGCUGCUGCGUAUCAUGCAAAGUUACCAAAAGCACAAUUGAGACGGGUCCAUCAUGACUUCCACCACAAUGCUCUAGAGGUUGUGGUGGCCACAAUAGCUUUUGGGAUGGGGAUCGACAAAUCUAAUGUUAGAAGAAUUAUCCAUUAUGGUUGGCCACAGAGUUUGGAAGCAUAUUAUCAAGAAGCUGGACGAGCUGGUAGAGAUGGGAUUUUGUCGGAUUGCACUCUAUAUGCUAACUUGUUGAGAGUACCAACACUGCUUCCUAGUCAGAGAAGUGAAGAACAGACAAAACAAGCAUACAAAAUGCUAUCCGACUGCUUCCGUUAUGCUAUGAACACUGCAACCUGCCGAGCCAAAAUUCUAGUGGAGUACUUUGGGGAGGAAUUCGGUCCUGAUUGCUGUGACUUGUGUGAUAUCUGUGUCAAUGGACCUCCCAAAAUGCAAAAUCUCAAAGAGGUGGCAGAUAUAUUUAUGAGGGUUCUUAAAGCUGAAUGUGGGAAUACUGUUUCGGAAGCUAUUUCUUAUGAUGGUACAAUCUUCCAUGGAUCAAAUAGCAGGAGGCAUAGGGACCAACCUAACAUAAGGAUGGUGAUCAGUCGCAUAAGGGAAAAGUUUCCAAAGUUUGCUGCUAAUGAUCAACUAUGGUGGCGAGGCCUCGCACGGAAAUUAGAAGACCUUGGAUAUAUCAAGGAAGGCGAUAAAUUUCCUUAUGUGUCUAUACGAUACCCAAAACUUACAAUCACUGGAUCGAAAUUCUUAGCUUCGAAGUUGGAAGAUCUAUAUGUGUACCCAGGGGCCGACAUGUUACUUUCGGCUAAAACUCCCAAGCCUUAUUCUAGUUUCUCGGAGUGGGGGCGGGGUUGGGCUGAUCCUGAGAUAAGGCGCCAGCGUCUCGAGAGCAGAAGAGGCGAGACCAAGAAAAGGCGUCUCGAGAGCAGAAGAGGCGAGACCAAGAAAAGGAAGAUGCCCGCGCGAAAGCAACGGCAGGAUGUCAGCACAGUCAGAGGAAGAUUAGCUGCAAAACUCUCGAAAUGCAGGAAGUAACUCUGUGAAGAAUUACUGCUAUAACUGAGGAACCUCUUUUUUCAUUACUUAUCAAUAGGGUUGUCUUCUUGAGAUCCAAAUGUCAAUCAAGCAGAUGUCUUUGAUAGAGGGUAUUUUAUUAACCAAUCCUGAUUAUUUUCUUGAAAAAAAUUGGUAUGUUGUCUCUUGAUGCUGCACCAGUGCUCGAUAAGUUCAGUCUUGAUCAUUCAUGCAGCUUGGUGUGACAGCUAUGAGGGUACUAAAAGUUCUCGAUAAGUUCAGUCUUGAUCAUUCAUGCAGCCUGGUGUGAUCGCUCUGAGGGUAUUAGUGUUCUCGAAAAGUUGAGUCUUCAUCAUUCAUGCAAAUUGGUGUGAAUGCUAUCAGGGCAUUACUCUCAACUUGAUGAUAUUACGUGUGAUAAAACAUUGAAAUUACACUUCAACAGUAUCGAAUUACUCUGGAGCUUUUAAAUUUUAAUCUU